GCGCCAUUGCGGUGGAUGUGCGUACGUCAUCAGCACAGGACGAUCUGUCUGUUUUUGCAUCCUUGGAGGAAUCGUGGACAUUGGAGUAUGGCAGGUGUGGGGUUUGAAGAAUUUUCAGUGCCUCCUGGCUCAGAGCUGGCCCUCCCUCCUCUUUUCGGUGGCAAUAUUCUUGAGAGUGAACUAGAGACAGAAGUGGAGUUUGCCGAUGGGGGGCUGCAGGAGGAGGAGGAAGAGGAAGGAGUGUUGCGGCAGCAGGAAAUGACACGACGCAAAUGCCAGGCUCUUGCUCGGCGCUGCAAGGAAUUAGAGCAGGUGAAUGAGAGGAUGCUAAAUCGGCUGCAUCAGGUCCAGAGAAUAACAUUGAGGCUGAAACAAGAACGGAGGUCUCUCAUGAGGGUGCUGGACUCCUAUGGUGAUGACUAUAGACAGGGUCACCUUGAUAUAAUCUUGGAGGAUGAAGGAAGUCACAGCAUGGAUGUCCCAACACUGGGCAACGCAGAAAAUGAACCUCCUGAGAAAGAGACCCCCCGGCGCCUUCCAGGGCCUUUGACUGCCCAAGACGCUGAGAGCCCCUCGCCUACUGAGGGGCCAACCAAUAAGAAGCGCCGGCGCCAUGUGAGAGAGGAAAAGGAAGCAAGGUUGCGGCGAGCAGCACCCGCCUUGCUUCCCAUGGAAGAGUUCCCAGUUCAGAUAAAAACUGAAGAAGAUUUCCACUGUGAGCAAGAAGAUGUGCUAGCAUCUACCUGGCAGCAGUCUAGUCCCCGGGACAAGUUACUUCAUUAUCCCAAGUUUUCUAGCCCUGGAGCCUGUUCGGAUUUUGACUGAAGCUGGACCUUUCAGUGGCCACUCAUGAAACCUCUAGGGGAGAUUUUGUAUACCUGCA